GGCUCAGUGGUUAAGAUCUUGCACUUGUUGCUUUCCCAGAGGAUCCAGGUUUGGUUUCCGGUACCUACAUGGUGCCUUAUAACCAUCCAUCACUCUGGUUCUAGGGGAUCUGAUGCUCUCUUUUGUACAUGUGUCUCAUAUACACACACAGACACAAAUAAAAAUAAGUCUUUAAAAAAAAGGUUAAAGCAGGCACAGUGGCACAUGCUUUUAAUUCCUGCACUUGGGAGGCAGAGGCAGGCAGAUCUCUGAGUUUGAGUCCAGCCUGGUCUACAGAGUGAGUUCCAGGAUAGCCAGGGCUACACAGAGAAAGCCUGUCUCGAAAAACCAAAAGGACAAAAGUUUUAUAAUUUGUAUCUGGGAACAUAUCACAAUAGAAUGAUACUUUUAGAAAAGCUAUCUGCCUAAGGACAUUUCAAUAUUAAUUUAAAAUCAGUACAUGAGAAAAUCUGUUGAGAACAUAAAAUAAUAUUUUGAAGUGGAAAUAAGCUAAACAAUCAACAAAGAAACAAUUGCACAUAUCUUGGUCAUAUCCACUUGAUGGAUUGUCAAUGCAUACACUUUAAAUGAUGAUCAUAAACACUAGCAAAUGACAGAGCUGGAACAGAAGCGUCUCAGGUGAAGGAUGAUUUCCGCCAAGUUUUAAGAAUAAACAGAUUCUUCAGAAUUAGAAUUACUUAUUUUUCUGUAGUCUCCAAAGAGUUUGUGUGUGAGUGUGUGUGAGUGUGUGUGAGUGUGAAUGUGUGAGUGUGUGAUGUAUUCAUGUACACAAGUGCUCACAAGUGUGCAUGUGUAUAUGAAGACGAGGGAGAAAAGAAGAAGAGCCAGGGAGUGAGAAGUUGUUUAGAGUUGAAUGGAACUACCGGAAAAACCCAGGGCAGGAUCUUGGAAUGUUUGCUGUGUCAGGACCGGGAGACUAGAAGCAGACCAUCCCUGCCAGCUGUGAACUGACAAUCUGGCAGCUAAAGGAGAUUAUGUGCAGGAGAUGAUGCUAUGCAUUGUAAAUCUCAGAGAAGGAUGUCUAAGUGAAGGCCUUCUGGGAGAGGUGAGGACUGGGGUAGCCACUGAAGGCCUUCUGGGAGAGGUGAGGACUGGGGUAGCCACUGAAGGCCUUCUGGGAGAGGUGAGGACUGGGGUAGCCACUGAAGGCCUUCUGGGAGAGGUGAGUAUUAAAAGUGCAGACUUUGGAGUAGACUCCGCUCGGAUGGAUGGAACACGAUGCAGGUCCUGAUCGGAGGUACUGUGUGGGUCUGCCCUUCCCAUGGCUGUGCACUUGCUGAUUGCAGGACUCAGGAUGCUGCUGCUGCUGCUGCAGGCUGUCCUGCUGCUGUUAGUCCUGCCCAACCAUGCUGAGGUUACCACGGCUGAAGAGCCGGGAGUCCUGAUCCCUCCACCCAAGGAAACUUGUGCAGGUUGGAUGGCAGGCAUCCCAGGACAUCCUGGCCACAAUGGGACACCAGGCCGUGAUGGCAGAGAUGGCACUCCUGGCGAGAAGGGUGAGAAAGGAGACGCAGGUCUUCUUGGUCCUAAGGGGGAGACAGGAGAUGUCGGAGUGACUGGAGCUGAGGGGCCCCGAGGCUUUCCCGGAAUCCCCGGCAGGAAAGGAGAGCCUGGAGAAGGUGCUUAUGUGUAUCGCUCAGCAUUCAGCGUGGGGCUGGAGACUGGAGUCACUGUCCCCAGUGUUCCCAUCCGCUUUACUAAGAUCUUCUACAACCUACAGAAUCAUUACGAUAGUAGCACAGGGAAAUUCUACUGCAACAUUCCAGGGGUCUACUAUUUCUCCUACCAUAUCACGGUGUACAUGAAAGACGUGAAGGUGAGUCUCUUCAAGAAGGACAAGGCUGUUCUCUUCACUUAUGACCAGUAUCAGGAGAAGAACGUGGAUCAGGCCUCCGGCUCUGUGCUCCUCCAUCUGGAGGUGGGUGACCAAGUCUGGCUCCAGGUGUAUGGAGACGGGACUCAUAGCGGACUCUAUGCAGAUAAUGUCAAUGACUGUACCUUCACAGGCUUCCUCCUGUACCAUGACACCAACUGAUUGCAACUAACUCAGAGCUCCCCACAGCCUAAGCACCCCAAGAAUCAAAUGACAGCCCACAAGCUCCCAGCAUAGCUUGAAAGAUUGAUUUUACGGUUUAGUUUGAGGGUUCUGAAUAUUAUCCACACAUGUAUUCAUUCAUUCAUGAAAUGACUUCAUAAAAAAUCUUUUCUGGGCUCCUAGUCCUGAAGAAGAAACAUUCCUUGGUCUUCACAACUCUUACAUAGUAGCAAUAACAGAAUGAAAAUAACAUUUAAGGGAGGAGUUUCACCAUACUCUCACUGACUAUAAGGAAGUAGACAAUGCUAUUUUGUGUCCACUCUCUCUUGAUGUUCACACAAAUCCUGUAAGGUACUCAUGAAAUACACGAUCUCCUCUCUUCA